CGUAGUUCGUAAUACGUCUUUCUUCUUCCAUGGUUGAUGACCUACGAAACCAAUCCUAAGCAUAUUCUGGUUUCAUCUCAAUAUCUCUGCAAGUCCUUACUACGUGGUUGUUUUCACUUGGACACGUACUUAGAAGAGAACAGUACCUUAGGAGUCUUAGGAUUGUCUAAGUUCAUUCUAAGAAGUAGAAAGAAACAAACAUACGACAAGAUAUAAGCCGAUCUGUUGUUUUGUGUCGGACUUGCCCAGAAUUGAGCUAGAUUUCAUUUACAUUCGUUUUACUUCGUUCUUUUGCAUAUUAGAUAACUCGUCCCAUGCUCCAAUCUCAGUCUAUUCGGAGAAAAUUAGUCGUUGUUGGUGAUGGUGCGUGUGGAAAAACCUCUCUACUGUCGGUAUUCACUUUAGGUUAUUUCCCUACGGAAUAUGUUCCUACAGUGUUUGAGAAUUAUGUUUCGGACUGUAGAGUGGAUGGAAAGUCUGUUCAACUAGCUUUAUGGGAUACAGCUGGUCAAGAGGAAUACGAACGAUUACGCCCAAUGUCUUACGCCAAAGCACACAUCAUUCUUAUAGGUUUUGCUAUUGAUUCUCCGGAUUCCUUGGAAAAUGUUUCUACGAAGUGGAUUGAAGAAGUUAAUACACUUUGCCCUAAUAUACCCUUCAUUCUCGUUGGUAUGAAGGCGGAUUUAAGAACUGAUCCAGGCGCCAUCGAAGAAAUGCGACGGCGAAAUCAAAAUUUUGUUAAACCACAACAAGCUGAAAUUGUUGCACAGAGAAUUGGCGCAAGGAAGUAUAUGGAGUGUUCUUCUUUAACCGGAGAUGGUGUAGAUGAUGUUUUCGAAGCUGCUACUCGAGCUGCCUUGACGGUACGGGAUUUGGAAACGGAUAAAAGCUCUACAAAAUGCUGUAUUAUUGCUUAAUGAUGUUCCUUUUAUCUUAAUCCUAUUUUUAUUACAAUAAUAAUGGCUCUGCAGUAUGUUCACAGUCGUUGAAUCUUUGAAGCUUUGUCACGUUUUUCCUUCUCCCUUGACCUUUGCUUCACUUCCCGUCUCCUUAUUUCUCACACUUCGCAUCAUCGAGCCUAUUUAUUUUUAGUUCUUUUUACAUUGUGGUUACUCUUUUUCUUCUCCCUCCUGUUUUCGUUUGUUUUCCUUUUAUCUUUUGCAUUUUCCCUUUCGUGUUGUCGAAUUCUUAUUAUAUGCUUCGUUAAAAACCUCGUCUUUAACCAACUAUUUCGUUCUUUCUUCUUUUUUUUUUUUUUUUCGAGCAUUUCAAUUUUAUGUAUGUAACCAACAAAUAUUUGGUCAUUAGUAUACACACGUACUUUCUUUUUGCAUUUGGCAGCGAUUUCAUUAAGAUGUGAGUCAUACGCUAUCAUUAAUUCGGAAAAAUUGAUUAGCUCUAAUUUGCAAACGAUGAUUAAUUAAGUCUGCUUUCGAAUCUAUCUUAUAGUAUGUGCUGUUCGAAAAAUGGUUGUGAGUCUUUAUUGGAUGCCGAAAGGGAUGUAUUCUAAGAUUCAAAUCACUAAAAAAGUUCUGCACGAAUUCUAAAUCUUGUCUUAGAUGUGCGUCUUUCGGUCAUAUAUAUAAUAUAUUCUACGUUACAAAAAGAUUAUAAACAAUGUCAAUAGCAGUAGUCAAUGAAGUUGGUGAUAUGUACAAAUGGUAA